GGUAAUAGGGAGUAAAAUAUAAGUAAAAUCAAACCUAAUAGUAGGUAGAUACCUAUUUACACUUUCCUACUUAGAAAACCAAAGUGGAUUGGAUGAUCACCCACGUAGUAUCGCUAUCACAAAUAGUCUAAAAUGUCUAAUUAAAUAAUACUAAAGAAAAUCGAUGGAAGAACCCGAAAAACAUAAAUCACAAAAGUUCGCAAUUUGCAAAAAGACAAACAAACAACAACAAAACCGAAAAACAACCAAACGACUCCAAUUUCGGGAUUCCCGAGCGGGAGUGGGAGGAGCCAUGAAAAAUAGAUAAUCCAGAGGAAGCGCCCUCACUUCGUGGUUCGGCCGGGAACUAAUCUUUUCAAUUGACCUGGUGGUAAAGGAUUCUUUUCUAUCUCCGUAGGUUAAUAUUUUGUGCGUUUGGCUUCGACGUAUGAGAAAGAGGUGCGAGAAAAAGUAGGAGCUAAUUUGGGCAAAAGUAGGAGUGUUUGCCUUCUAGUGCUAUAUAUUUGUGUUAUGUGGUACGAAUGAAGCUUGAAAUUAGGAGAAAAUGGUUCAUUCUUGUGCUGCCCUAAACUGUACAAACAGGUGGAAAAAAGGAGGAAGCAAAUUUCAUAGGAUACCGUUAACUGAUGUUAAUUUACGUAAAGCUUGGCUACAUGCAAUAAAAAGAAAAGACUACAACCCGAAAAAUGCAUCAAUUUGUGAAAAACAUUUCUUGGAGUCAGAUUAUGAGCUUAAUAUUCAUGGAAACAGAAUGCUCAAAAAAGGUGUUGUUCCUUCUGUCUUUAGUUUCCCAAAAGAUUUGCAGAAUUUGGAUAAAGUUUUAGAAGAAAACCAGCCACCUGAAACUACUGUAGUUGUUUUUUCAAAUGAUAAUGUUGGAGAUCGAAUAGAGGUGGACCAAAUUGAGGAGCAGGUUGAAGAGGAGCAGAUUGAAGAGCUACCUGCAUUAGCUGCAAAUGUUCAAGAAAUCCAUUAUGCUCUACCAACUGCAGCUAAUCCAGCUCUAAAAAGGAGAAUGCGAGGCCCAGUUUAUUUUGGAGAUUUCAAAAAAUCAGAUAUGAACAAUGAGCAAACACGAGACAGAUUUUGGAAUAUAGCACAUGACACUGUCCUUAAAUAUAGAAUGAUGGCUAAAUAUCAUCAACGAAAAAUUAGACGACAAAGAGCUCAAAUCAAGAAACUUAAUGCUUUGUUGAAAGAACUGAACAAAAAGCAAAACAUUUCUUCUAUGCAAAUGUAAAAUACAAGUACUAGUUUUGAGAAGGCAUCUCUUAAUAGCAGCAAAUGUUUAGUGGUUUGGUUUGCACUAAUUUUAAAAUAUUUUGGUGUUUACCCUUACACCUUCGCGUUCAUUUUUAUUACAAUACUCAAAAGCCAAUAGCAUUUCCAUACAUGCUUCUAAUAUAUGACUUUAUUAGAAGCAUGUAUGGAAAGGAUUCCUUGGCUCGUCCAAGGACAUUAACCAAUGGUGUAGUUCAGUUGAUGCUAAGUUGUCGCUGAACGGGCAAAAGGAAGGCGGCUUAACCCAUUAAGUUGUUAUAAAUGAAAUAUCUAUUCGAAAGCAUGUUCAAUGGACUGGUAGUAGGCAUGUUGAUUAUGUAGAUAGACAUGGGUACCACACUUGAUACAAAUGACAAUCUACCACAAGCUAAAAAUGCUUUAGAGUUUAUGUUUGCAGAAAUUAAUGCUAGGUGGAGUGCCUGUUGCAUAUUUUUUAAUUGAAUCAGUGAUAGCUGAGGAAAAAGCCAACAUGGAUAGAAUUGCUUCUACUAACUUCAGAAUACUGACUAUGAUGAUUAUGAAGAACUGAACAGUUUUGAUGGUAGGACAACAGCCGACAAUAGAAUGCGCACCAAGUUGACAAAUAAUAUCUCCAAAAAUGAAUAAAAUGAAGGUUGAAUACUGCACCCAGGUUAGUUAUUACUAAUAUAUUGUAUUCAAUAGGAUCCUACAUGGGCAAUGUAGCAAAAAAGACCAAAGUGAAUUGCCCCGUAAAGCUCAACACAUAGCAGACUUCAUCUUAUUUCUGGAUAUACUUUUUGACAACCUUAAUAUUAAAACUCUAAAACUGAUGCCAAACCUAAGAGAAAAGAGUUCCAGCAGUUUCAAUGGAUGAGAAAUUUUGGAACGGUAACCCCUGUAAUAUCACUUGUAACAUAUUUACUUAUUGUCUUUCUCAUUGCUAAUUUGUUGAUAGUUAUUUAAUUUGUUGAUAGUUGAUUUAUAUUUUUUUCUGAAGAACGGGUGAUUCCUUGGUGAUUUUAAUAAAUUUUUAUUGACCUUUAUACAUUUACUGUAAGCUUUUGCGUCACCCAGUAUAUAUUCUACUUUGCAAACUUUGCUCUUUAUACAACAAAAUUCCUAACUAUAUUAAGUUGUAAGUUUACACAUUGUGAAGUUCAGACGAAUUUUGAUAUUUUAUUUAAUGCUUUCACAAAGAUGUAUAAAUGCUAAUUUCAUUGUAUAACUUGAUUUUUUUCCGAUAAUAUAUUUUAAUAUUAUAGUAAUACAUUUUGUAAA